AUGCUUUCUACUACUCAAAUUAUAUUUUUCAUUCUCUUCCUUCCAUGUACUUUAUUGAGCAUUAAAGAGGAUUCAGAAUUUAUAGAAAUUGAAAAUGAUAGGCAUUUUAAGGAUGUUGAUGCCAAAAAACUGGAUUUGGAAUUCCCUGAAGAAUUAAAUCUUAUAAUUGGAGUGAAAGAAGAUAUUCAGUUUACUUACAGAGGACAUCUGCACGCCCAUUUGGAGCUUAUUUUCGAUUUUGAUCACAAUAUACUCAACGUAACCCCAACUCGUCUUAUUCUCAAUCCCGGUAAUGAUUCAACUGGCCAUUUGUCAGUCGUUGGUCUUUCACUUAGCAGCAGGACAUUUAUUGAUUUGAAAGAUUGCUUUCUUACUAAUGGUACAAGACGUGUUGGAAAAUGUCCUUUCAACCAGGAAGAUGUUUUUGUUCGCCUAGUUGUUGCACGUAGUUCUGUAAUUUCUGUACUGGUAAUUGUAACGGGCUGGAUUUAUUUUUCUGCUUGGAGUAUUUCUUUUUAUCCACAAAUUAUUUUGAAUUGGCAAAGGAAGAGCGUUAUCGGUUUAAAUUUUGAUUUUUUACUUCUCAACAUUAUCGGCUUUUUCUGCUACACAAUUUACAAUCUUUUGCUUUAUUUCGACCCAAUAGUUCAGGAUAUUUACAUUGCCAGACAUGGAAAUAGAAGCCUUAUACCCGUUUUGUUAAACGAUGUUAUAUUUUCUGGACAGGCUUUGUUUGCCUGCUUAAUUACGGCUUUGCAAUGCUUUAUUUAUGAGAGAGGCACUCAACGUAUUUCCUACACUUGUCGAAUUUGGGCUUCAAUUUUACUUGGAUUUUCUUCUUUAUCCCUUCUUUUAGCUUUAUUUAGUUUUUUCAAUUGGCUGGAUUUUAUUAAUUAUCUUUCAUAUGUAAAAAUGGCUGUUACACUUAGCAAAUAUUUUCCGCAAGCAAUUCUUAAUUUUAAACGGAAAAGCACGAUUGGUUGGAGUAUUGGAAAUGUUUUAUUAGAUGCUACUGGGGGUACAAUGGAUAUUUUACAGAUGAUUUUACAAGCAAAAAAUACAGCUGAUUGGAGUGCUUUUGUUGGUAAUCCUGUCAAAUUUGGUCUAGGCUUUGUUUCGAUUAUUUUUGAUGUUUUGUUCAUCAUUCAACACUAUGUUCUCUACCCUCAUAAAGUUUGUUUAAUUGGAAAAAAAUCAGAAUUAAAGUCUUUCCGGAAAGUUUUAAAUUAA